AUGGUGUACGUUGCUCUAUUUCGACCUCUUAAAGUUAACAGGAGACAAUUUAAAAAAGUAUUAAAUUGUAUGAAAUUAAUAAGACAGCUCAAAUAUCAGGAGGUUUAUGCCCAAGAAAGAGCUACUAAAGUCGAUAGCCUAUCAUUAGUUCUCUCAGGAAAGUAA